CCUCUUCAGCCUUUUACAGCGUGUGUGUGUGUGUGUGUGUUAUGUGGAAAAAGGGCAAGCAAGAGAGGGAAAAGGAAAAAGGAAGAGUGGUCGGCGAGGCUGAGGGGAGCCUGAAUGCGUGAGUCAGGGCGUGUGCUGCUUUUUCUUCACCGCUACAAAUGACUGAGCACAGAGCUGCCAUGAAGCCUUCUAGACUGGCGCGCUCCUCUCCGAUGACAGUGCACUGCUGUCAUUGUCCGUGGCUUUAAAUGUCCUCUGCCAUGGCAAAACGCGAGGCUGGGAGCCCCAGCCCUGUAGUGCGUCAGAUAGACAAACAGUUCCUGGUCUGCAGCAUCUGUCUGGAUCACUACCGAAACCCCAAGGUCCUGCCUUGUCUGCACACCUUCUGUGAAAGUUGUCUCCAGAACUACAUUCCCCCAGAGUCUCUGACGCUUUCGUGUCCAGUGUGUCGGCAGACGUCCAUCCUUCCAGAGAAGGGAGUCGGCGCUCUACAGAACAACUUCUUCAUCACUAAUCUCAUGGAGGUCCUUCAACGAGACCCCGAGUGCUCGCGGCCAGAAGCCUGCAGCGUGUUAGAGUCGGUCAGUGCUGCGGCUGCAGGGAAGCCCCUCUGUUGCCCAAACCACGAGGGAAAGGCAAGAACCCCCCCUUCCUUUUUUUGUGGGUCAUCACAUCUCAAAAAAACUGCCCUGCCUCUUAAGUUUGGAGCAAUUAGUGUAAAAGAAACUGAAUCCUGUUUUCCCAGUGAGGCUCAGAAUGACACAGUUUGUCUCCCUCUGCAGGUCAUGGAGUUCUACUGCGAGUCAUGUGAGACGGCCAUGUGUCUGGACUGCACAGAGGGCGAGCACCGGGAGCAUGUGACCGUCCCUCUGCGGGACGUUGUCGAGCAGCACAAGGCUGCGCUGAAGACGCAGCUGGACGCCAUACGCAGCAGGCUCCCUCAGCUCACAGUGGCCAUCGAGCUGGUGAGCGAGAUUUCUCGACAGCUGAAUGAAAGGAAGACGGAGGCGGUGGCGGAGAUCACCAGUACGUUUGAAGAGCUGGAGCGGGCGCUGCACCAGCGCAAGACGGCCCUCAUCACAGACCUGGAGAACAUCUGCAGCACGAAGCAGAAGGUCCUACAGGCCCAGCUUUCAUCUCUUCUCCAGGGGAAGGAACACAUCCAGAGCAGCUGCAGCUUCACAGAGCAGGCUCUCAGCCACGGGAGUGCCACCGAGGUACUGCUAGUCCAGAAGCAGAUGAGUGAGCGGGUGACAGCGCUGGCCAGGCACGACUUCCCGGAGAAGCCACAUCAGAAUGCGCACCUCAACUGUCAGGUGGAGACCGAAGGUCUGCGGCGCUCCAUCCAGAACCUGGGCGUUCUUCUCACCACAGCAGCUGUGGCCCACACCUCCGUCGCCACGGGAGAGGGCCUCCGCCACGCAGCAACGGGGCAACACCACACCAUUACUGUGACGACAAAGGACAAAGAUGGGGAGCUGGUCCGGACGGGAAACGCGGUUUUGAGAGCAGAGAUAACGUCUGCGGACGGCGGCCGCGCCGCAGAGGCCGAGAUAACGGACAAUAAGAACGGAACGUACGAGGUGGGCUACACGUUACGCUCCGAGGGAGAGUACUCGUUCGCCCUGCUGCUGUACGGGCAGCCGAUACGGGGCAGCCCGUUCCGCCUGCGGGCGGUCAAGCCGUCGGACGUCCCGCCGUCUCCGGAUGACGUGAAGAGGAGGGUGAAGUCCCCCAGCGGGACUGGGGGCCACAUACGGCAGAAGGCGGUGCGGCGGCCUUCCAGCAUGUACAGCACGACCAAGAAGAAGGAGAACCCCAUUGAGGAUGAGCUCAUCUACAGAGUCGGUUCCCGGGGAAGAGAAAAAGGGGAGUUCACAAACCUGCAAGGAAUCUCUGCCUCCAGUAACGGCAGAGUAGUGGUGGCUGACAGCAACAACCAGUGCAUACAGGUGUUCUCCAAUGACGGCCAGUUCAAGAUGCGCUUUGGGGUCAGAGGCCGGUCACCGGGGCAGCUGCAAAGGCCGACGGGGGUCACCGUGGACAUGAACGGUGACAUCGUGGUGGCCGACUACGACAACCGAUGGGUCAGCAUAUUCUCCUCCGACGGCAAGUUUAAGAAUAAGAUCGGUGCAGGUCGGCUCAUGGGUCCCAAAGGUGUUGCCGUGGAUAAGAACGGACACAUCAUCACUGUGGACAACAAGGCCUGCUGUGUGUUCAUCUUUCAAUCCAAUGGGAAGCUCGUGACCAAGUUUGGAGGCAGGGGGACAUCUGACAGGCAGUUUGCAGGUCCGCACUUUGUGGCCGUGAACAACAAGAAUGAAAUCAUAGUGACCGAUUUUCACAAUCACUCGGUGAAGGUUUACAGUGCAGACGGGGAGUUUUUAUUCAAAUUCGGCUCUCACGGAGAAGGCAACGGGCAGUUCAACGCUCCGACUGGCGUGGCAGUGGACACCAAUGGAAACAUCAUCGUAGCUGACUGGGGUAACAGCAGAAUACAGGUGUUCGACAGCACAGGAUCCUUCUUAUCGUACAUUAACACGUCCGCGGACCCCCUGUACGGCCCCCAGGGCCUUGCCCUCACCUCCGAUGGACACGUGGCCGUUGCAGACUCUGGCAAUCACUGCUUCAAAGUUUACAGAUAUCUGCAGUAAAGUGAGGGAUCGUCACCAACUACUGGUUAAAAAAAAAAGAAUAAAUAAUGACACAUACUGCUUGUAGACAUAGAGCUGCGACGUGGCUGCACAAUUUCCAGAGGUCACAUGGCAAAAGUAACUUCCUUAUCAUUCUGUCUGUACAUUAGAAGUUCUAAUAUCAAGAAACUACUAAAACAUUCAUAUAAAAAAACUAAAAUGUGUAAUUAUAAUAUUUUCUAAAAGCCAAAAUAAGCUAAUUGUCCCAAAUGUUAUUUCAAAACCAGUUCUCUCUCUCAGCGAAAAUAAUGCCAACAAACAGAACUCUCUCAAAGCAGCAAUCUCAAACAUUUAUGUGAUUACAGCAAAGGUCGUUCGACACUACAGAUCCCAGAAUCCUGGGGGCAGCUGAACAAACUAUUGUUAUUUCAGUCAUUUCAGCAAUAAUUGGCCUUUUUGUAUCGUCACAUUUAAUGCGAGUUUGUGAACAGCAGGACGCGGUGCAACUGCAGCUCUUCAUGUAACGGCUCACUGUGGCUGCUCCUUCUUCUUGCAUCACACGAGAUCCUCGCUGUCAAAACGUUACAAAAAGAAAAUUUGUAAAUGCAUUGUAAUGAGCGAGAGAGCGGUAGCGUUAAGUGCUAAGCUUACUAAACAUUGCAUUUGCUGUAACUGCUCCGGGAAAACAAAAAACUCAACACGCGCUUUUGCUAUUGAAAUGGUUUUAAUGCGAAGCUGCAGCAGUAGGAAAUGUCCAGUUUGCAACACCAGCAGUCUCUAAACCAACUGGCCAACAGUUUUAGUAUCCUGCAUUCAUAGCCAGAUAUGUGAUGGUAGAGGUGACACUAGCAGCAACUCAAUGAGUCAUUUCUCAUUUUGUCAUAAGGCAGAUAUUGACAUCCGUUAGUAGGCUAUAGGCUUGGUCACCAUGGUAUUACCUCAUAUCAAUAAGGAGAGAUUUAUUUAUUUACGACAUUUAUUGAGGAAACAUGAAUGUGUAAGGUAAUACUUUGGUGGUUAGACUCAGAGUUUGAUGGCAUAUUAGAGGUGAAUCUAAGACGAUGCAGGUAGAUGGGGCAGGACGCCCCUGGGGGGCACUUGUGGUGGAGGAGAGUUCUAACCAUGGAGAGGGGUGCAAAUGAGUGAGAGUUUAAAGCACAGCGACGAGGGAAUGAUUUGCUGGAAGAAGGCGGGCAAAUAGUUUGUGGGAAAAUGGAAGAGAUAAGGGAGUGAAAUAGAGAGUCCACGUCUCAUCAUUCUUAAGAUGGUGAUACACUGCAAUUUUCUGGGCAAUGUAGAUGGGCAACACUCCCAGUAACCAGCAAACCAAUCGGGACACGGGAGCAUGGGUUAUUUUUAGACCCUCUCUUGAUGAGAACAGGAUGUUUUGUGGUAGAAUUAUUAAUGCUCAGGCAUUUCCUUAAAGAGAUAUGCCACUCCUAUGUGAAAUGUAGUCACUUGCCGUAUUCCCCAGAGUUGGAUAAGUGAGAAAAGGUGUUUUUAAAACGGCUCAGGCAUCGUCCUAAUCAGGCGGAGCGACUGUUAGCUUUAGGUUAGCAUAGGUGUUGUAAUGUUGUGUUGUCAGUCAUUCGCAAAAGUGAAAUGUUCCUAAUUACUUCUUGUGACCUGUACAUUCACAUCAAGUUCAAAUGUUACUGCAGUAAACAGGAAGGAAUUGCAGAGGGCAAAUAUAUUCUGCCAGGCACAAAGACACCGCGCAGCACCUGAAAACCCCCAACUCCCAUCAACACACCAGCGUGACUGGUUUUCAGGCGCCGAGAGGAAAUUUGAGUUUAUUUAGGACUAUUGCAAACAACUGGCUAAUUGGCAACACUACAUUACAAAGUUUAUGCUAAGCUAAAGCUAACACAUGUGCUGCUGGAUUAUCACAAUGCCUGGACUGGAGCAAUUAAAAACGUUUUUUUUUUUUCCUUUCUAUUUUCUAUCCAACUCUAGGGAAUACAGUGAGUGACUUAAUUUCACAUAGGGGUGGCGUAUCCCUUUAAACGCAGGCACAUGUCAGUGUGCGCCAAUAAUAAUGUUGUGUCAUCGCCUUGCAGUUUUUAGCUGUAAACACAUCAGAUGCUUAAAAGGAAAAGUUUCUGAAUCUCAUUCUGCAACUCAUCAGACUGACACAAUCCCUACGUGUAGAUUUUUUUUUUAACAAAUUUAACCUUUUCUCUGGAGCCAGAAGAUGAGUAUGAACCUGUACGCAGGUUGUUCGAAGAAGCACAAGAUAACAUCAAAACCAGUCGUCUGAACACUUCGAACUGGUCCAUCUCUUACUAACCAAAACGUCUCAUAUCUGACCCCACUGGUUCUUGCACUUUUGUCUAUUCAUUCUAUACCUUAAGUAAUUGUACAUAUGCAUAUUCAGGUGUAUAUAUGGAUCGGGUGUCACUACAUAGCCUACUUAUUCCAGCACUUAAACAGAAUCAAGGUCAUGCCAAGUAGUGGAACUACAGUAACUUGUAUACACAUUAUUUGCUGUAUCUUAUUAUUAUUAUUUUUUUUCAAAGGAUUUAAUUUAUUUCUAAGUUUCUUUUUCUACAUAAUUUGUUCUACAAAUUAUUUUUCUAAUUGGUGCAUUUGAACUGUAUGUCCUCUUUGCCAAACAUCGUUGUGACCCACAGCACUGAAAGUUUCUUUUCUUUCGCUCUCCUCCUUCAGUUGAACAGUAACUUUUCCUUCUGCCGCUGCCAGCGUAUUGAUGUAAGUUGUCGUUGAACACUGCACAAAAUACAUAUAUUAUAAGAGUUGUAUAGUUUGCAAGAGUAAUAUAUGCCUCUAUGUAUAGUUCUUUUAACAUAAUCAGGAAGUGUACUGUAUAUUAUCAUAUUCCUGUCGUAGCUGACGAGCACUUUCAUCAUAUAUUUUCCAGUAUUUGCAUUCAUUUUCUCUAGUUCAGUGUUUUGAAGCUUGUUUUUUUUUUUUUUUUUUUUUGUCUGUGCGUGUGUGUGGAACACAACACCAGCUAAUACACAGUGACAAAAACUAAAUGUUUCCACAAAAACUGUGUGUCUCCAACAACGGAUCUCUAAUUCACGCCGUCUUUCCAUCUGCAUUAUUACUGGAAGAACGUCCGUGGGAUGACAGACUGUGUUCCUCCAUUAACUGGAUUCCCGUGUUACUACGGUUUUACUAUUAGGUCUCUGCCUUUAACUGUCACUGACAUAUCUGUGUGAAAUAACCGGAGCACAUUAAAAAGAAUAAAUAAAACACGCAUUAAACUAUUUGUGUGUACAGUUGUAUACUACCAGAGGCCACACCUGCAAGACGUAAUCACUACAUUUGUGUUGUCACGGAAAAAGGUAUGACUGUAAAUUAAAGAACGACACCACAAA